CCCUUUUUGUAUUUUUUUCCAAUUUCCCUCUCACUGCACUUUCAUUUUGGCUGCUGAAAAUUCUCUGUUAUGCUCACCAGAUCGGAGUCCUAAAAGCAGCGCUUAUUAUUUCUGCUAUUCAGUUUCAUUAUUCACUUGCAAACCAUUCUAGCCUUUCGUGAUUAAUUUCCCUAGUUGUUUUGAUGUGAUAUAAAAACUUUAGAACCCUAGAGAAUCAUAGCAGACGACAUUGGGUUAUUGUCGGAUUGGCAAAUGGCGGAUUCCUCUGGAAAGAUCGAUGUGGAGAAGCUGAUAACUUAUAGCGACGACCUUGUGGCGGUGUUGAAGGAGAAAAGGGACAUCAACAUUUUAACGCAGUGCCUUGACAAGUCUAAGGCUCUUCGUUCCUCUUGCGAUGCCGAAUUCAACGAGGCUCAGACUCUUCUCGAAGCUCAUCAGAAAAAGAUAAACGAGUGUAAGCAGAAAACAGAGAAGGCAAAACUUGAAGUUCCUGCUGAUGCUGAAUUAGACAUUCUUCAGAAGGAAUUGGAAGCAGAGCAGGAAAAAGAACAUUUGCUGAUGGAGGAGCUCAGAGUCAUCAACAAUGAGAUCAGUGAUCUUGAAUGUCAAAGGAUUUCUCGUGAAGAUCAAAAGAAAGCUUUAAAGAAACUUGAGCAGGAGGAGCUGAGGGCACAGAGGAAGCUUUCGAUGUAUGCUUCUGUCACUAAUAUUAUUCCGGACUUGGAUGAUCACUCCAAAAUCUCAGGCCAUAUAGUGGAUAGAGAGAACAAGAUGGUUGAGAAAUUUGAAUUUGACCCAGCAAACGUGGCUGCCUUUGAUACAUGCCAGAGCAUUUGGAAGAUGAUAAAUAUGCGAUAGCUGCUGACGUUGGACAUUGUUGCAUGCAACGGGCAUACACUAUCUUUCGGUGAUUCUGUGAAUCCUUCCUUUGUAUCCAUCUUUUGUAAUACAUUUAAAUUAUUCACAUGGAGAAGUGCUGCUGAUGAGGUGGGUUAUGGUGUAUAGGUUUUGGAAUUAUUGAAAUGCUUAAAAUUAUUGAAAUGCCUCUGACAAAGUCACAAUCUGAUUAAUUUUGAUAGUAUUAGUUAAGAUGUUUGGAUUAUAA